AACAAUAACUCAAGCACUUGUAACAGACACAAAUAAUGAGUUCCCAUUAGUUACAGUAGAAGUAUCAAUGGCAUUUACUAGUGUUGCUUCAUCAACAAGUACCAGCCCAGUCAUUAGUACAACUUUUGUAAUAACAACCUCUACAGCACUUACCACAGCUACUAUUAGUACUACUGAUAAUACCAUCAUAUCAUCUACAGUGGUGUCCAUUACUCCUAGUAGUACUUCAUCUGUACUGGUCACUGCCACUCCUAGUUCAUCAGUGACCACUGAUACUCCUCCUAGUAUCUCAUUUAUUAUCAGUAUAAGUGAUAAUUUUAAUCCAUCACUUUUGUCACAUACUUAUUCUAGCAGUUUAUUUGAUACCACUCCAGAUAGUUCAACGGUGAUCAUUACUACUGCUCCCAGUGACUCCUCAGUUACUGCUACUACUGUAGCUAGUACUGCCCCUAGCAGUACCUCUGUGAUGACUAAUACUCCUUCUAGCAGUUCGUCUAUGAUUGAUGCCACUUCAACAUUAGUUUCUAAUUCUGCCUUUAGCAGUACCUCUGUGAUGACUAAUACUCCUUCUAGCAGUUCAUUAGUGACCAACACUACUUCAACAUCAGUUGCUACUUCUACCUUUAGCAGUACCUCUGUGAUGACUAAUACUCCUCCUAACAGUUCAUCAUUUACUAUUCCUCCUAAUACUGUAUCUGCAACUUCUACUGUGAUAUCUGUUAGCUCACAUUCAACACUAUCAACUGCUAUCCUCAGCAGCAUAGAACCAUCUUCUCUCCCAUCAUCUGUAGUCAGUACAUCCACAUCAUCUACUACUACAAACGCAACACCAGUUGCAGUAUACAUAAUUGUAGGCAUUGUAGUAUGUAUUAUUCUUGCCUCUUUAGUAAUAAUAGUGCUGUCUGUUGCUGUUUGCAUCAAGAAAAAAGGGCAUGUUAGUAUUGAUUCAGCAGACAUGAAAGACAAUCCAGCAUACAUUGCUACUAAUCCUGUUGCAGUGACAAUACAAGAUAAUCCAGCAUAUGCCAUCAAUAUCAGGAAUGAGUGUAAUGAAGUAGAUUAUGAAGAAUUGGAUCAAGUGAUAACACAAGAUUGUUCCUAUGAUGAAAUUGAUGAUUAUAUAUAAACAUAAUUAUAG